AUGCGGUAUCUAGGCGGCUGGUGGAACUGGAUCUUCGGGCACCUGCCGCCUGGCUGGCUCAAUGGCAGUGGGAAGCCUGGAGCUCCCCUCCUCGGCUUCCCUUCUGGACCUCAUCACAUGGGACUCAGUCACGCGGCCUUGCAGGAGGCGGGGAUCAUGUCUGCCCUUGGGGGGGCCUGGGCACUAACAUGCAUGUGCACACGCUGGAGCGUGCAAAGCCCCUGCACAGUCACGAGCUCUCCUAACUUCCGACGCCCCGUCAAGCCCCCCGCGCGGCGCACUCUGCGGCUGCGCAUUCCGGGCUCUCGGCCCCGGGGAAGCUCCGGCCGCGCGACCUGCGCUGCCGCUUCCCGCCCAAACCGUUUACCAAUCAGACCUUGCCGGAGCAUUAAAGUGGCCAAUCGCGAGCAGGGAUCCCGGGCUCUGGGGCCCGCCCCGAAGUGUCGGAGCCAAUGGCAGCCGCGCGGGCAGCCAGCCAAUCAGGGCGCGGCGUGCAGCGUGCGGCUGAGGGGAGGCGGCGACCGCCAUGGUGAGUCCUGCCGCGGGGUCCCGGGGGUGUUCGGGGGCGCCGGGGCCCGGAGGGCGUCCAGAGCGGCCAUGGGGAGCUCCGGGGAGUGUGGGGAGCCCCGGGGAGCGUGGGGGCCGGGACCGGGCGCAGGGCACCCUCCGCAAGAGGCAGCGCGCAGUGCGCACCAUUGCACCCUGGUUUCCAUUGCACGGGGAGCCCUGGCGCCCGUGCCGGCGCGUGUGGACAUGUGGGUUAUUGUUCCCCGCGCGGGGCUGCACCCGGGUUGCUCCACCAGGGUGUGCCUCCCAGAGAGACACUCGGCCAAGCCAGAUUGGGGGGCGGGGGGUGGGCAUCCCGCACAGAUGGGGUACUGCCUCACCCAGCUCUGUGAUGGGCUUCGCCUGCUCGCUCACUGGAGUCUCAACCCAGGGCUCCAGGUGGAUCUGGCGGCUGAUGGUGGCCUCCGAGUCCUGGUCUUCAUCCUGGUGCACCUGCGGGGCUGUGGUUUCCGGCGCGAAUGCAUCUCCAUCCAUGUGGGGCAGGCGAGGGUGCAGAUCAGCAGUGCCUGCUGGGAGCUCUACUGCCUCGAGCACGGCAUCCAGCCUGACGGGCAGAGGCCCAGUGACAAGACCAUCGGCGGCGGGGACGACUUGCUCAACACCUUCAGUGAGACGGGUGCCGGCAAGCACAUCCCCAGGGCCGUCUUCGUGGACUUGGAGCCCACUGUGGUGGACGAAGUGCGCACGGGGACCUACAGGCAGCUCUUCCACCCGGAGCCGCUGAUCACCGGGAAGGUGGAUGCAGCCAACAACUACACCCGGUGCCACUACACCAUCGGCAAGGAGAUCGUGGACCUGGUCCUGGACUGGAUCCGCAAGCUGGCGGACCUGUGGACCGGCCUGCAGGGCUUCCUCAUCUUCCACAGCUACAGGGGCGGCACGGGCUCCGGCUUCGCCUCCCUGCUCAUGGAGCGGCUCUCGGUGGACUACGGCAAGAAGUCCAAGCUGGAGUUCUCCAUCUACCCGGCGCCCCAGGUCUCCACGGCCGUGGUGGAGCCCUACAACUCCAUACUGACCCCCCACAUCACCCUGGAGCACUUGGACUGCGCCUUCAUGGUGGACAACGAGGCCAUCUACGACAUCUGCCACCGCAACCUGGACAUCGAGUGGCCCACCUACACCAACCUCAACAGCCUCAUCAGGCAGAUCGUGUCGUCCAUCACGGCCUCCCUGCGCUUCGACGGGGCCCUCAACGUGGACCUGACCGAGUUCCAGACCAACCUGGUGCCCUACCCACGCAUCCACUUCCCCCUGGCCACCUACGCGCCGGUCAUCUCCGCCGAGAAGGCCUCCCACGAGCAGCUGUCCGUGGCCGAGAUCACCAACUCCUGCUUCGAGCCGGCCAACCAGAUGGUCAAGUGCGACCCGCGCCACGGCAAGUACAUGGCCUGCUGCAUGCUGUACCGGGGGGACGUGGUCCCCAAGGAUGUCAAUGCGACCAUCGCCACCAUCAAGACCAAGCGCACCAUCCAGUCCAUGGACUGGUGCCUGACUGGGUUCAAGGUGGGCAUCAACUACCCGCCGCCCACCGUGGUGCCCGGGGGUGACCUGGCCAAGGUGCAGCGGGCCGUGUGCAUGCUGAGCAACACCACGGCCAUCGCCGAGGCCUGGGCGCGCCUCGACCACAAGUUCGACCUCGUGUCCGCCGAGCGCGCCUUCGUGCACUGGUACGUGGGCGAGGGCAUGGAGGAGGAGUUCUCGGGGGCCCGCGAGGACCUGGCGGCCCUGGAGAAGGACUACGAGGAGGUGGGCGUGGACGCGGUGGAGGCUGAGGGGGAUGGAGAGGACGGGCUGGAGACAGCCACUCACUGGUGGGCAUCCCCUGGCGUGGAGACCUGGAGCCUGCUCAAGCUCUGUGGGAUCCGCUUCGAUGUCCUGGUCACUGGGCGGGCUGGGAAGUUUGGGCUCAUCCCCACGGCCAUCACCCUGGGCACUGGAGCCGCGUGGCUGGGCGUGGUGAGUGCCCCCUGGGAGCCCUGA